AUGGCUUAUCUUCUACGCGGAACAGCCUUCAUUACUGGAGCAGGCUCGGGCAUCGGAGCUGGCGUGGCUCGUACGUUCAGCCAGAACGGAAUUUCCAAGCUAGCAUUAAUCGACAUUAAUCCGUCAAGUCUUCAAAAAGUUUCCGAGUCGCUGAGACAAAGAUCUCCCGAUGUAGAACUACUAACAGCAGCUGUUGACGUGACUAACGAAGUACAUGUCGACAAUGCGGUCCAGAAGGCGGCCACUAAGUUCGGUCGUGUGGACAUUGGAGUUAACUGCGCUGGAGUUUGUGAUCCGAAAGAGCCUACUGAUCGAUUGUCCCUGAAGGAUUGGCAGCGGACAAUUAACAUUAACCAGACCGGUGUGUGGCUGUCGCAGAGGGCACUUAUUCGGCAAAUGCUCACUCAGACAUCGCGUGAUAUUCGACAUGGCCGGGGUGUUAUUAUAAACGUCUGCUCUUCGCUAGGCAUUACUGCCUCAGCUACGGGUAUGCCUUAUCCAGCAUACACAUCCUCGAAACACGGCGUGAUGGGGUUCACGAAAAUGGAUGCCAAGUACUACGCUCCCAUUGGGAUUCGCAUAAAUGCAGUCUGCCCAGGAUUUGUGGACACUCCAAUGGUAUUGGGAGCAGGGAAUUCGGGGGUCUUUAAGAAAGAAGUUGAGAGUGCACCAGUAGGAAGAAUAGCCAAUGUGGAAGAGAUCACAGAUUCAAUCUUAUUCCUCGCAUCGCCGAUGAGCAGCUUUAUCUAUGGAGCAGGAUUAGUCGUUGACGGGGGAUAUGGACUCUAG